GUGCCCACAUUCCAAAUCACUCCGAAAUCCAGAUUCAAGAUGUCGGUCAGGUUCAACGCCCUCACCGUGACUUCGCCACGUCUCCUCAUACUUCCUCUCUCUCCACUUCCCCCGCCCACCGCCAUUUCUACAAAGAGACAAUGGAGCUGGACCCCUCGAUCACCGCAGUGUUCAAGAAGACGCCGCUGGAAUUUUAUUUGAACGGCACACGAAUACAGCUCUUCGAUCCGAAUCCCCAAUGGACACUCCUCGACUUCAUCCGGUCACAGCACGGCCUCAAGGGUACGAAACUUGGCUGCGGUGAGGGAGGAUGCGGUGCAUGUACAGUUGUCAUACAAACUCUAGAUACGAGUCGAGAACGAAGUGGAAGAGUGAAGCAUCUCGCGGUUAAUGCUUGUUUGUUUCCCUUGAUCGGAGUGGUGGGCAAACAUAUCAUUACCGUCGAAGGGAUUGGGAAUUCUGAGAAUCCCCACCCACUUCAGGAACGGAUGGCGAAACUGCAUGGCUCACAAUGCGGAUUCUGUACACCUGGUAUCGUGAUGUCACUUUACGCCAUGAUUCGGAACUCGUAUGUCCCAGCUACGAAGGAGUUCCGACUGCGUGAAAGUGAUGUUGAGCUUGAGGGCCACUUGGACGGAAAUUUAUGUCGGUGUACUGGGUAUAAACCGAUUCUGCAAGCUGCCAAGACGUUUAUCACGGAAAAUCUGAAGGGGAAGAUUGUUGGGUCCGGCGAAACCGCUGAAGUCUCGCACGACAGCGAAUGUUCGGAGAUCUCAUAUACGUCUGAGGGUGCGGUCAAGAGCAACUUCUCUUGUGGCAGACCAGGUGGAUGCUGCAAAGACCCCCCCAAAACGGCAGGCAAAAGUUCUCCAUCAGGCAAAAGCUCAUCACCGAAACGUUCUGAGGAUUCUUCAGAAACAAGAAGUAUUGAGCGUUCCAGCACAUCUGAAAGCGCUAUCAGCAGUCCCGACGAAAGCGAUUCUGCCAGCAUCAGUGGUACCACUUAUGGAAAGCCCAUCAAAUCAAACGAGAAGCAAUCUUCAGACGGUACUCCAGUUGAAGGCACGAAAAUCGGCAGCCAGCUUGAUGCAUCAGUUCCGAAGAUUGAGCAUGGAGUCCCACAAUAUGACUUUGCUUGUUACUCACCCAAUACCGAACUCCUGUUCCCGCCAGCCUUGAGAAAAUUUGACCAGAACCCGUUAUUUUAUGGAAACUCGACACACGUUUGGCUUCGUCCAGUCACUUUGAAACAACUGCUACUUAUCAAAGAUGCAUAUCCGUCUGCAAAGGUAGUUGGUGGGGCGAGUGAAGUCCAAGUCGAAGUCCGGUUCAAGAAUUCGUCCUUCCCAAUUUCAAUCUAUGUAUCUGACAUCGAGGAACUUCGUGAGAUCGAUAUUGUUAGCAAUGACGUGGACCUCGACACCAUUUAUGAGGUUGUUUUGGGUGCCAACACUUCACUGACCGAUGUUGAAGCAUUUUGCAGAGACCUUUCAAGAAGACUGGGACAGCGGGGUUCUGUCUUGGAAGCCAUCCGAAAGCAACUUCGAUAUUUUGCAGGGAGACAAAUUCGGAACGUCGCAUCACUUGCCGGCAAUAUCGCAACCGCAUCUCCCAUCUCAGACAUCAACCCCGUUUUGGUAGCUUGUGGAGCUUUUCUGACUGCCCAAAGCAAAUCCAGAGUGAAGUUCAACCUGGAGAUGCCGACUUUUUUUACUGGCUAUCGAACAACUACGCUCCCCGACGACGCAGUAAUUACUCAUAUCCACAUCCCACUACCCCCUCCAAAAGCCAUAGAGAUUACCAAAGCAUACAAGCAAUCCAAACGAAAGGAUGACGAUAUCGCAAUUGUGACUGCUGCUUUUAGAGUCAGACUGGACGACGACGGUCUAGUCUCAGAAAUCUCACUGGUAUACGGUGGCAUGGCACCCAAGACCGUCGCAGCAACAUCGACAAUGAAAGCCCUUCUCGGAAAGCAAUGGCACAGUUCCACCACACUUGACUCAGGAACGGCUGCACUGGCCCAAGAAUUCGAUCUCAAUUUCGGCGUACCAGGAGGGAUGCCAACCUACCGCAAGACACUAGCCAUUUCGUUGUUUUUCCGCUUCUGGCAUGAAGUCAUCGCGGACUUGAAAUUAGGAAAAGUUGAUCCUGAUCUAAUAACCGAGGUUCAUCGUGGUAUCUCGUCUGGCUCAAGGGACAAUCAUAAUCCGCAUGAGCAGAAAAUCGUGGGGAAGCAAAUCCCGCAUAUAUCAGCUUUAAAGCAGAACACCGGGGAAGCACAAUAUGUUGACGAUAUGCCGCCUCAAGAUCGAGAGCUUUAUGGUGUCAUGGUUCUCUCUAGUCGAGCACAUGCUAAACUUGUUGAAGUCGACUGGUCGCCUGCUCUUGGACUAGGACUGGCUAUGGGAUAUGUUGACAAGAACUCGAUUCCCAAAGAAGCUAAUCUCUGGGGCUCGGUGGUGAAGGAUGAACCUUUCUUUGCUGACGGAAAAGUAUUCUCUCAUGGCCAGCCGAUCGGAUUGGUGUACGCCGAAACGGCGCUUCGGGCACAAGCAGCAGCGAGAGCUGUGAGGAUUGUAUAUGAGGAUCUUCCUGUUAUACUUACAAUUGAUGAAGCGAUCGAAGCGGGAAGCUUCUUUAAGCAUGGGAAAAUGCUGAAAAAAGGUGCCGCCAUUGAGGAAAGAAUGGAGGAUGUGUGGGAGAAGUGUGAGAGGGUGUUCGAAGGAACGACGAGGAUUGGUGGGCAGGAACACUUUUAUUUGGAGACGAAUGCGGCGCUGGUUAUUCCAAAUCUAGAGGACAAGACCUUUGAGGUGUGGUCUUCCACGCAGAACACCAUGGAAACUCAGGAAUUCGUCUCCCAAGUUACCGGUGUUCCCAGUCACCGCGUGGACGCCCGUGUAAAACGCAUGGGCGGUGCUUUCGGCGGCAAAGAAUCACGCUCAGUACAACUCGCCUGCCUGCUCGCCGUUGCUGCAAAGAAAGAAGGACGACCAAUGCGUUGCAUGCUGAAUCGUGACGAAGACAUGAUGACAACUGGCCAACGGCACCCGAUCCAAUCACGGUGGAAGGUCGGCUGCACCUCCAACGGAAAAUUGAUUGCCCUUGAAGCAGAUGUGUAUGACAACGCUGGAUUCUCGCAAGAUAUGUCUGGCGCGGUGAUGGAUAGAUGUUGCACUCACCUUGAUAAUUGCUAUGAGAUCCCGAAUGUACUGAUCCGGGGACAUGUGUGUAAGACUAAUACACACAGCAACACAGCGUUCAGAGGAUUUGGUGGACCGCAGGCGAUGUUCAUUACGGAGAGUUACAUGACUGCUGUCGCCGAAGGUCUCCACAUCCCCAUUGACGAACUCCGCCUCAGAAACCUCUACAAAGAAGGACAACUCACCCCUUUCCUCCAAAAAAUCGACCAAGACUGGCACAUCCCUCUUCUCGUCUCCCAAAUCCACCAAGAAGCCAACUACGACGCUCGUCUCGCAUCCAUUCAAAAGUUCAACGCCUCUCACAAAUGGAGAAAACGUGGAAUCUCCAUGAUCCCAACCAAGUUUGGAUUGAGUUUCGCAACAGCACUUCACUUGAAUCAGGCUGGGGCUAGCGUGAAGAUCUACGCAGACGGUAGUAUUCUUCUGCACCACGGCGGAACAGAAAUGGGUCAAGGACUCUACACGAAAAUGGUGCAAGUCGCAGCCCAAGAACUCAACGUCCCCAUUGACGCAAUUUUUACGCCAGAUUCCACGACCUACCAGAUCGCCAAUGCAUCCCCGACUGCGGCUUCAUCGGGAAGUGAUCUCAACGGCAUGGCGAUCAAGGAUGCUUGCGAUCAGCUAAAUGAACGCUUGGCCCCCUUUCGAGAGAAGUUUGGCAAAGACGCAGACAUGAAAACACUCGCACAUGCCGCCUAUCUCGAACGCGUAAACCUCUCCGCAAACGGGUUCUGGAAAAUGCCUCGCAUCGGUUAUACAUGGGGUAAUUACAACAUCGAGACACAAAAACCAAUGUACUACUACUUCACGCAAGGCGUAGCAAUCUCUGAGGUCGAGCUCGAUGUCCUCACUGGCUCACACACUGUUCUCCGCACAGAUAUCAAGAUGGACAUCGGAAGAUCGAUAAACCCUGCUAUCGACUACGGCCAGAUUGAAGGAGCGUUUGUGCAGGGAUUGGGCUUGUAUACGAUGGAAGAAAGUCUCUGGACACAAGACGGGAAAUUGGCGACGACUGGGCCUGGGACAUAUAAAAUCCCUGGGUUCAGCGACAUUCCGCAGGAAUUCAAUGUCAGUUUUUUGCAGGGCGUGGAAUGGGGGCAUUUGAGGAGUAUCCAGAGUUCUAAGGGUGUUGGGGAACCGCCGCUGUUCUUGGGUGCGAGUGUGCUUUUUGCGCUGAGGAUGGCGGUUAUGAGCGCGCGGAAAGAUAAUGGAGUAAAUGAGCCGCUGGUACUGGAUAGCCCAGCGACACCGGAGAGGCUCAGGUUAGCAGUGGGAGAUGAGAUAUUGAAGAUGGGGACGGUGGUGCAGAGGGAGGGUGAGAAGGGCUUUUUUGUGACCGUUGCUUGAUAGUUUACUUCUUUUCCGUAAAAUUUAGACCACAACGCUUAGCAUGUGUUUCCCUU